AGCAAAACAGUUUUUGUCUGGCUCAGAACAAAAACAAUGUACUUUCUUAAGUUUACCAUACUAUGGACAGUAGUGUGCUUCUCUGGAACCGUAGGACAGUUUUUCCAGGACGAUGUAUUUGUCGAUGUUCAGGAAAUGCCAGAUGAAUGCGUUGUUGAAGCGAAGGAAAACGAUGUUUACUUAGUCCAUUAUCGCGCCUAUCUCCCUGACGGGAAAAUGGUCUUCUCCAGUUAUGAUAACCAGCGUCCGAUUGUAUUAAUCCCGAACAGUAAACUUGGGACCUUAGGGCUGAGGAAAGGCAUUGUGGGGAUGUGUGUGGGGGAGGUCAGAGUACUAACAGUCCCCCCGAAUCUAGCCUACGGCGAGGAAGGUCGUGACGCAACCAACGGUUUCUUAGAACCAGUGCCUGCGAACUCAGAGUUGAUAUACGAGGUGGAACUCUUAUUUGCUAAUGAUGAUAAGCAGAUGAAUGAUGCGUUUGAUUCCAUUGAUAGCAAUGGCGACGGUUACUUGGAUCGACAAGAGAUCCGGUACCAGUUUGCUCUUCUGGAGGCAGAACCCGCUGCAAUGAGCCUCGGAUUUGGGGGACCGGAAAUAAUUGAUAAACUUUAUGAGAACAUGUUUAGUACUAACGACAAGGAUCAGGACGGGAGGCUCUCUCGGGAGGAGUACAUGGGGGCCCUCCCUAAGGCAGAACUCUAAAGAAUCUCUAGGAGAACAUUAGUGACCCAAGCUCAACUUCUUUCAUGUUUUCUAUAUUUCGUAUGAAAGAGUUGUUUGUGAAAUGACUUGGAAAUCUACAGUUAUAUAAAUGAAUGUUUUCGAAAUCAUCUUGUAAUUUAGUGAUUCGAUCUCUUUUAUUAAUGUAUAUGAUCAUAUUGGUUCUCAUUAAAGACCCAACAUGAA